GACUCUGCACACACAGGACGGUGCAGGUGAAGCCUCACAGGAGACCAGUGAGACAGAGGAGACUAAUCAAGAUGGAGAUGAGGAUGAAGAUGAAGACGAUGAAGGUGUUGAAGAAAUGGAGGGUAGUGAGGAAGAGGAGGAGAAGGAUCAAGAGAAGGAAGAGGAGGAUCUACAGUUACAGGAGGCGGAGCCAGAGCCAGACAAAAGCCUCAACGCCUCAUCACCGCAGGAAGCAGAGGUAGAAAAAGAAAAAGAGGAGGCGGCCCCAGAUGGCGCAGUUAAAGAAAAAGAGGAGGCAGUCCCAGAUGGUGCAGUUAAAGAAAAAGAGGAGGAAGCCCCAGAUGGUGCGGUUAAAGAAACUGAAGAAAAGGUGGAGCAACAGCCUCAAACGGAAGAGGUGCUGGAGACCAGCACACAGCCACAGACUGAGAAGGAGGAGAAAUCAAGGAGCAUCUUUGGACCAAACAGAAGGAGUUCUCUGUUCCAGCGGCAGCCCUCCAACAGACGUCAGCAAUCAAAGGACAAGAUGGAGGGCUUAUCGGAGAGCACUUCAACAGGGAAGCCAGUCGUUGAGGGAUCCUCCAUGCCUGACCAGAGCGUUGGAGAUGCAGGACGCAGCAUCUGUAGCGAGACCCAGCAGGGUAAGAAGGGACCUGCUGGUGGACGCUCACGGUCAGCUACCUGCGUCCUCCUCUGAAUACCCUCAGGGGCAACUGCUGGGAUGGACACUGGGAGCCUGCGCAACCAAACAGAGUUCUGCAGAUCUAGAGGAAGACCACUAACUUUGUUUCUGAUUCUUUAUUAAAAAAGUCACUAAUUGUUUUUUGUCCAUAUUUCUGUCAAUGAGGGUCUUUAAUUACUGUCUAAUUUAACAGAACCUUCUCUCUUUUUUCGUAAGGAUUGCAGUGUGGAACUGGAACAUAUGAAAACAGAGCUUGUUGUGUACUUUAUUUUACAUAUGACUUUAUUGUCUUAUUUUGUUUGUUUGUGUGUGCAUGCAUUUUGAAGAGUGGUUUAUAUUCUUAUAACAAAUGUAUUUUCCUAUAAUGAUUUAUUUAUGUUGGGAUAAACUGCACACUUGCACUUUACAAAGUUUUUUUAUUCAAAAGAACACUUUGGCAAUUUCGAGAUGUGUAACUGAAUGUUUAACUGUUAACAGUUAACUGUUUUGUAUUUGAUGUGAUUUCAGUAAACAAAUGGGUAAAAUGUG